UAUUAAUUCAUUAAGUACUGAAUAAUGCAGUUAGCACGUAAUUUUUUUUAAAAUUAUUAACAGAAGUAAUUAAUUAUAUAAAAAAAAAAAUGUAAGGAACAUACAAAAAAACCAAAACUUAAUACGAUGUAGUUUUAAUAAAAGCAAUCAAAAAUGGCAGAACCAACCAAACCAAGGUUGGUUUGUUGCAUAGGCGAUAUCCAUGGCUUCCCCACCAAGCUCCAAAAUCUCUGGUCAAAUCUCGAGUCCUCAAUCGGCACAGCUGACUUUAACACAGCCCUUAUCAUCUUCUUGGGCGAUUACUGCGACCGCGGCCCCAACACCCGCGAGGUCAUUGAUUUUCUCAUCUCACUUCCUUCAAAGUACCCACAUCAGACCCACGUCUUCCUCUCCGGAAACCACGAUUUCGCCUUCGCUGCUUUCCUCGGCCUAGUCCCUCAGCCGCCGGACGGCUCGGAGUUCGCCGAGGCUUGGAAGGAGUACGAAGAAAAUGAGGAGAGAGAAGGGUGGUACAAAGGAGAAGGGUAUGAAAAUAUGCAUUUGCAGGGAAGGAGAUGGUCUGGGAAAAUCAAGGCCAAGUUCAACGUAGCCAAAGGGAUGGACUAUAAAGGAUCCAUUUAUGACGCUGCCCCAACUUUUGAAUCUUAUGGUGUUCCUCAUGGCUCUGCUGAUUUGGUUCGGGCAGUUCCUGAUGAGCACAAGAAAUUUCUUGCUGACAUGGUUUGGGUUCAUGAAGAGGAUGAUGUGUGUAUUGAGACUGGAGAUGGAAUCAAACACUGUAAAUUGAUAGCAGUACAUGCUGGUUUGGUGAGCAAUCAAGAUGUUAAAGAACAGUUGAAGUUUUUAAAAGCCAAAGAUACCCGAGUACCUAAGGUUGAUAGUCUGAGUGGGAGAAAAAAUGUGUGGGAUAUGCCAAAGGAACUAAGUGAGACUCCGACCAUUGUGGUAAGUGGUCACCAUGGAAAGCUUCACAUUGAAGGUCUGAGGCUGGUUAUCGAUGAAGGUGGCGGCUACGAGCAUAAGCCAGUGGCUGCAAUUGUUCUCCCCUCAAUGAAAAUAGUACGUGAUACAGAUGAUUCUCUUGCAACAUAAGCUCAAGUUUUAUGGUCUGUUGUCAUAAUGAUGUAUCUGAAAUGAAUUACACAUGCAAUCUAGCCACAACUUCCUCUUUAUCAUUUGUGUAAACGACUCAGUUUGUGUUUAUAUAUUAUUUGGUUGUGCA